CUGCAGCUUCCCGGGGGAGGAGCCGCGGGGCGCGGUGCCGGCUGCUCCUCGCGUGUUGGGGCUGAUGGAGGGGGCGCUGCUGGGGGCGGGGGCUUGCUCACGUCCCCCCCCCAGCUUGCUGCGCCCUGCCGGGGGGCCAUGUGGCCUGGCACGUGGAGGAAGGUGCUGGCAGGGCUCAGCCCUGUGUCUGGCGCUGCUGUCAGGGUUGUCAAGUGGCUCUACUGUCCUGUGGGGAAGAGAGACACCAUCUUUGCCUUGUCUUCGGGCCACGGGAAAUGUGGCGUGGCAGUGAUCCGGACCAGCGGCCCUGCCAGCGGAGCAGCCCUGCGAAGUCUAACGGGGCAGCAGGAGCUGCCCCGGCCUAGAGCCGUCGCCUUGCGGAGGAUCCACGACCCCAGCUCCGCAGAGACUCUGGACAGGGGCCUGGUCAUCUGGUUCCCAGGGCCCCACAGUUUCACCGGGGAGGACUGCUCCGAGCUGCACAUUCAUGGGGGGCCAGCAGUGGUGGGCGGCGUGCUCCAGGCCUUGGGGCGCCUGCCCGGCCUGCGCCCGGCCGACCCUGGCGAGUUCACCAAGCGAGCGUUCCAGAACGGCAAGCUGGGCCUGACUGAGGUGGAGGGGCUGGGGGACCUGAUCCAUGCUGAGACGGAGGCCCAGAGGAGGCAGGCGCUGCGGCAGAUGGAGGGGGAGUUGGGGCAGCUGUACCAGCGCUGGAGUGAGGAGCUCACCAAGGCUCUGGCCCAUGUAGAAGCCUUUAUUGACUUCAGCGAAGACGACAAUCUAGAGGAGGGCGUGCUGUCUCGAGUGGAUGCUGCUGUGCAGACGCUGGAGGAGGAGGUGAGGGGACACCUGCAGGACGGGCGGCGCGGAGAGUGGCUGCGCGGGGGAGUUCACGUGGUGAUUGCUGGCCCCACCAACGCUGGCAAGAGCAGCCUGCUCAACCUCCUGUCAUGGUCCCUGAACUCCCCCCUAGCCCCUCGUUCCCUCUGUCUAGGCCAGAGGCCUGCGGCCAUCGUGUCCCCUGUGGCGGGGACGACGCGGGACGUGGUGGAGUCGGCUCUGAACAUCGGCGGCUACCCCGUGGUGCUGAGUGACACGGCUGGGCUGCGGGAGACCCAGGACGCCAUUGAGCGGGAGGGUGUGAGCCGAGCUCGGGAGAGGCUGCAGCGAGCAGAUGUGGUGCUGGCCGUGCUGGCCGCGGUGGACGUUGCCCCAGAGCCUGGGUGCCUUGCCGAGGCCUUGCGAGCCAUCCUGCCCCCCGGAGUCCCAGCCCGACAGGCGCCCUGCGUCCUGGUCCUGAACAAGGCUGACCUGCUGGAGGAGGGGCGCGGAGGGGCCCUGCUGGGAGCCUGCGGGGAGGGGGCGCUGCCCCCUGCCUGCCUGCUCUCCUGCAAGACUGGAGAGGGCGUGGACAGCCUCCUGAGCCUGCUGGGGACACAGCUGGAGCAGAUGUGCGGCGACCCUCUGGCCGGCUCCCCGAGCCUCACGCAGGCACGGCACCGCCUCCACCUCACCAGCUGCCUGGGCUCGCUGGGCCGGUACCAUGGCUACAAGUCCCUGGAUCUGGUGCUGGCAGCCGAGGAGCUGCGGCUGGCCCGCAGGCACCUGGGGAAAAUCACGGGCCGAGUCAGUGCCGAGGAGAUCCUGGAUAUCGUCUUCAGGGACUUCUGUGUCGGGAAGUGAGGGGCCGGCGGGGAUGGGGUGUUGUUCGGGCCAGGGGCCGAGGCACCCGUGCGGCGUUGUGGGAAGAGCGAGAAGCCGGGCAUGGGAGGAGCUAGGUCUGCGAUCCACUUCGGCAGCGAUGAGUGUGCCAGUCUCAGCUUAGCUCCCGCAGCAGUUGUCCUCAGGGCUGGAGGAGCUGAGGGACAAUGACAGAGGUCUGUGGGGGGGGGAUCCUAGGGGCUGUGGGUCGGGGCUGAGGGGCAGCAGCAGAGCUGGGUGUGCUGGGGGCACAGAAGGCAGAGGACAGCCCCCUCCUGCACCUGCACCCAACUCUCAGGGCUAUUUGCCCCCCACUGUGUUUAUUAAACCCCCCAUGUCCCUUUC